AUGGUCGCCAAGGUUGUCCUAUUCGUCUGCGCCCAAGUGGCCAUCAUGCAGUCCAUUGCUGGUCAGUGCAUCGGCGCUGGUUGGGCCGAAGCUCCCUACCUCGGUUCUUAUGCAAGCGCUCCCAACGGUGCUGCCGGCCUCUGCGGCGCCGCUCCAGCCUUCACCGGAGGCUAUCUCCCCGUGACCAGCGCAUCCCGUAUCCCUCCAACCGGAGUUUCCAUCGCUUCUGAGAACGCUUACUGCGGAGAGCUGGCUGUCCGCGGCGCUGUCCCGUUCUUGAGCGCUUUGGCUCUAGAAGGAGCCCUGCCAACUGCUGGGUCAGGUUCCAUCGCGUACGGCUGCGGCAAUGGAGAGGUAGCCAUGCUGACUGAGGACAUCGGUGCUGCUAUUGGCCCCUACGGCUACGGCUAUGAAGGUCGUGCUGGAUGUGGAUGUGGAAGAGCUUACUACUAAGAUGUUUUAGUUUAUCAUAGUUUAGAUAUAUCUCUAAAUGCAUUUUUAAAAGCGGGCCACCGCACCUUUUGUUGGAAAUAAAUUUAUU